CUAGCAGCCAAAACAACUCUCACCUCACUCUCAAACACCUCUCAGCAACGGAAACACCACCGACGGAAAUAGUUCCGGCGAAUCCAGUCCCUGCAAAUCCUGUGAAAGCAUUUUGGGUAGUUUGUGUUAAAAAUUUCCCCUUCAUAUACUUUUUCAUCAGUUAAAAAAAAUUCAACAUUUUCCCUUUAACUCUAUUAUUAGAGUACUAAGUGAAGAAGGGAAGUUCACUAAUGCAUUCUUGGUAUUCAACAGUAUGAGCUCUCAAGAUUUGUUCUACUUGAGAAAAAGCUACAAUAUUUUGUGAAGAAGAGGAAGAAGAAGAAGAAGAAGAGAGAGAGAAAGAGUAUUGGGUUGACAAUGGAUUCAGGUGAUGCAUCCAGAUAUUCAGCUGGGGUGGAAGAUUAUUAUGAAUCUUUACUUUCAACAACUGAUGCUGAGCUCUUAAAACGAGCAUGGCGGAAUGAAAAGGCUGCUCCUGAAAUUCUUCAAUAUGAGACUGCUUUGGUUCAACUAGCCAGAGAACAAAUUCAAUUGAUGGAAGAAACAGUAGAGUAACUUUUAAGAAAUGGUGUUGAUCCGCUCACUGUAUCUCUUUACCAGAUGGACCUCAAUAGGACUUUGUUUCUGUUAAGAUCAUAUUUAAGAACCCGUCUCCGAAAGAUCGAAAAUUAUGCAUUUCACAUACAAAAAAAUGCUGACUUAUGGAACCGUAUAUCUAAACAAGAGGAGAAAUUUGCUGAAAGGUGUAUUCAUGACAUGGAGCAGCAUCUAGAUCAGUCUAUUCUCUCAAAGUUGCCUCAUGGCUUCAAGUCCCACUUGAAGCAAUCUUCUCUAAGUUUGGCAGAUGACAUGGGUAAGCUUGCGGACUUGAAGCAAUCUUCUCUAAGUUUGGCAGAUGACAUGGUUCCUGAGCCACGGCUAGAUCAAUAUGUUAUCUGCAGAAGCAAGAGAUAUUUAGGAUCUUUUCAGCUUGAUGACAGUGGGGAAGAACCAGUGAACAUCGAAGCCAAUGAUUUGUAUGCUCUGCCUUACAAGUCCAUAAAGCGACUUGUGGAGAGUGGGCUGAUCGAUCCGGUAUGAGAGUAUAGGAAAAGGAACAGUCCUAUGUUGAGCGGGACUCUCAAAAUAUGUAUCCACACCCAUAUCAGAUCUUCCACAAAUGCACUACUUUUGGAGGAUUUGAGACACGACCUUCAACAUUUCCGAAGAGUUCAAGAGACAUAGUGAAACCUGCCCCCUUUGUUCUCUGCUGAUCGGAAACUGCAGCUAUGCCACAAAUUAAGAAUUAUAUUAGCCAAUGUCAUAGUUUGUAACAAAUGUAACAUAGGAUAAUCUCUUUUUAUACAAUCCUUUUAACUUCUCAAGAAUGGUUUCCCCUAUUGUGUUACAA